AUGCCGGCAAACUUGGUAAGAAAUCAAAAUGGGAUAUUCAUAAGAACUUCGCUGGAUAUCAAGAAAGAUUUAAAGGUAUACAAGCUCACAAAUCUCUCACAUUUAGUCGUAAAAAAUGGGGAAUUACUUGCCGCCAUUACCGACAAGAUUCUACUUCGACAAUCAGUAUCAAAUUCGGAAAGGCAUCAUGAACUGGUGCUGCCUCUUCAACCACCUGACGCAAUUGCUCACGUGCAUUUAGCGUUCACUGGGUUUCAUGCAAUAGUUUCCACAAAAAUGGGUCUCAAUUAUUAUGUACAUAUGAAAACCAACACAUUCCAUCUGAUAAAGAAGCUCAAGUGUAUCGUGACCGCGGUCGGAUGGAAUCCAGAAUGUUUAAAAGAGUCCGAAACCGGACCAAUUCUGCUGGGAACCCAACAGGGAUCAAUCGUUGAGCUCUCAAUGAGCAUGAGCGGCAUUUGCAAUGUGCUCAAAGAACUCACGCCUCAACUUCAGCCGGCAAUUGAUGAAAAACUGACAUCAACACCUUCCAAAGCGGCAACAAUUUCUGAAAUUCAACUAUUCAUCGUGAAUGACGAUGACGAUAAAUUAAAAACCUGGAUGGCCAUCAUCACUCAAACCACGAGAAUCGUCAUUCUCUCAGCGAACAUUGAUCAUGUGCCAGUAAAAGUCGCCGGUUACGCGAGCUCGGUGUCUCUUCAGGCCGGAUUCAUAAGUUCCGCUCCUGAGACGCCGUCCACCAAAUUUCAUCCAUUCUUCUCUUCCAAAGACACCCAGCAACAUAUUCUGUCGUCAAGCAAGCUGUCAGAAAAAUUCAGAAAUAAAUGCUUUUUGGCUUUGCACCCCGCUAGCAACGAGCCUACAAGAUUCGCAUGGGUAUCGCCUGAUGGAAUCGCUAUAGGAAGAAUUGAUGUGAACGCGGAGAGUGUGCAAAAUGUUCUCACCGAGGAGAUUAAUCUGGAACAUCGAUUAAUCGAGGGAAGGCUCGAACCACCUGUUGGCGUUGUUCUCACCGAUUAUCAUCUGGUGCUCGCCUAUUCAACAAGAGUUUUGGCCGUUUCUCUGUUGACACCGAACAACGUGGUGUUUGAGGAUAUUCUACCGCAGGAAUUUGGGCCUGCUGGUGGAUUCUCAAGCGAUCCAUCUUCGGAUUUCAUGUGGCUUCACACGACAGGUGUUGCCAUCAAAUACCGCGCCAACGACGAAGCGCGUCUCGUGUGGAAAACGUAUUUGGAUCGCCGCGAGUUCAACAAAGCUUUGCAAAUCGCGCGAACUCGAAUUUCCAUCGAUCCGGAAGCGUACGAAAUGGUGCUCAGAAAACAGGCCGAUUGGUAUAUCGACGAGAAAAAUUAUACAGCGGCCGCUGAAAUUCUCGCGCAGAGCAGCGAGCCAUUCGAAAGUGUCGUUCUGAAAUUCCUCUCAAACACCGAUGAUCGUCGAAUGGGCUUAAAAACGUUAUUGGAGAAGAAACUUGAUCGCCUAAAUCGUCAUGAGGACCGAAUGAAGCGUGACGCCUUGGUUAUAUGGCUUCUCGAGGUGCAGCUCAGCGAGCUAUCCGAACUUCGUCGCGCUCGCGGAAAGGAGGAGCAGGCGAAAGAAGCUUUUGAUCAUCUUCAGCGAUUUGUGAUGAGGAAAAAUGUGUUUGAAUCCGUGCAAACGAAUCUCGAAGCAGUUUACCGAACUACAGUAUCCCAUGCUGAUUUCGAUAUGCAGUAUUUUAUAGCAAAUACCGUAAAAGAUAUCCGAACUAUGGUGAAUAUUCUAAUGCUCAGAGAGCAAUAUGUCAAGAUUCUUGAGCUACUUCACAGUCACCCUAACAAUGAGCUCUGCUACGAAAUGAGCCCAAUUCUUAUCGAAUAUAUUCCGAAACAAUUGGUCAACUAUUUCAUCGAGCACAAGGACAGAAUUCGCGCUGACAAGCUGUCGACGGCGUUGGCACUUUGUGUGAAAACCGAAGAAAUGGCGGUGCAAGCGAUCAAAUACUUGGAAAUUGUUAUGAAUUUUCGGCUGCCAAUGGGAAAAUUCUUGCACAAUUUGUUCGUUCAAUUAAUGGCCAAGUAUCGCAGCGAGAAGCUCAUUGUCUACUUCAAACGUCACGGGACCAUUAGGAGCACAAUACCGUAUGAUUUUGAUUUCGCCAUGAGAACUUGCGAGCAAGCCGGCAUCACCUCAUGCAUCGUCUACCUCUACUGUGUUGCGGAAAUGUAUUCGGACGCCGUUGAGAAAGCUCUUGAGAUCGAUGUUGAGCUGGCGAAGGAAUAUGUGCGGCUGAUCGAUGAAGGCAGUGACGAAUUCAUGUUUGGGGUUGAUGAGAACUCGAAGGCGUCGAACAAAUUCGAUGCCGAGUAUAAGAAGCAGAUUUGGAUUAAGAUUGCUAAACAUGUGAUCAAACAUAAUAGUACCAAUGUUCCGAAAUGUUUAUCGCUGAUUGAGGAAUCGGGAAAUACUCUAACGAUUCAGGAUCUUCUACCGUUAUUCCCCGAAUUCACGAAAAUUGACGAGUUUAAGGACGCGCUUAUUAGUCAUUUGAAGCGGCACUCGAAAAAGAUCAAGGAGCUCCAAGAAAAUAUCAAAGACGCGACCCAGACAGCCGAGGAGAUUCGAGAAAAGACCGAGAAACUUAAAAAUCGGGUUACUGUAAUCAAAGCAAGCGAUGUUUGUUCUCAGUGUAGUCGUCCGUUAGCGGGGCGUCCCUUCUUCGUGCAUUCUUGUCGGCAUUUCUUCCACAGGGAAUGCUUGGAAAAUGCAAUAUACCCGUUUUUAGAUGAGACCGCAAUUAAGGUGCUGAAUAAGCUAGUGCAAGAUGAAAUUCGACUUGCCGCCCAGAUUGAAGCGGAGAGAAAAGUUGGUACGAAGAAGGAAGUUUUAGUGAAGGAGAAGCUUUAUGAAAAGAUUCUGCAAAAAAUUUCGAAAAUCAUUGGCUCGGAUUGUCCAUUCUGUGGAACAAUUGCAAUAUCGCAAAUCGACAAACCAUUUUUAACAGACCAACAAUUUGCGGAGGAUGAAAACUCGUGGCUUAUUUGA